AAUCUCACGCCUGUUCUAGAACGAUGCUAAGGUUUCUAUUAUGAUCAUACCAGAUUUCUUUUCUGGCCCAAUUAACCUUCAUCUCUAAGAAACCAUCUUCAAUUAAUCCUAUAAAUUGCAGUGUUCCGAUCCCCAUCUCUAUCUAUCUCACCACUUCUUUACCAAAGUAUAUUCUUGCCUUCAUUCCAAUUCAGAAAGAUAUUCCCAUAAGUCCCCAAAUAAUGGAGCCAAAAGGAGAAGAAUCAGAGCCCCAUAAACCCUUGCCUUCUUCUUCUGAAUCCCAAGCAGCAGAAAUGGACCCUCAGAAAUGGGGAACUCAUGUGAUGGGUCGUCCUGCAGUCCCCACCACCCACCCAGAUAACCAGAAGGCUGCCUUGUGGAGGUCUGAGGAUCAGCACCAAGAUUUCCACCCUCAACCUUACGUCGUCUAUUCUCCAGUGGAUCGGCCCCCCAGCAACAACCCCUUUGAAUCAGUGUGCCACAUGUUCAAUUCUUGGAGCCAUAGAGCUGAGACCGUAGCUCGUAACGUAUGGCACAACUUGAAAACUGCGCCAUCUGUAUCAGAAGCUGCUUGGGGAAAGCUGAACAUGACUGCCAAGGCAAUAACAGAAGGUGGAUUUGAGCCAUAUUACAAGCAAAUCUUUGCAACCGAUCCUUAUGAGAAGCUAAAGAAGACGUAUGCUUGUUACCUUUCAACAACAACCGGCCCUGUCGCCGGGACCCUCUAUUUGUCAACCACCAAGGUUGCUUUCUGCAGUGAUCGCCCUUUGACCUUCACAGCUCCUUCUGGCCAGGAGGCUUGGAGCUACUACAAGAUUGCAGUACCCUUGGCAAAUAUAGCAGCAGUGAAUCCGGUGGUAAUGAGAGAGAAUCCACAAGAGAAGUACAUUCAGAUAGUGACAGUUGAUGGUCAUGACUUCUGGUUCAUGGGGUUUGUGAAUUUUGAGAAAGCAACCCAUAAUCUCCUAGACGGCUUGUCAAAUUUUAGAGCAUAUGGAAAUAAUAAUGCAGCAGGGCAGUCUGUGAGUGGACAUGCGAAUGUGUCACAACCUGCUACUGCUAAUUAACUAGCAAUAAAGUAGUAUUUCACCAUUCAACUCCUCUUAUCUGAGUUGUCUUUCCUUAUACACAGUUAUUGUAUUACUUUGUGUGCUUAAUUGCUUGGAGUGUAUUCAUGUAUAUUGUUAGUUGUUGUUGUUGGAUGCAUUAUAGAUUUUUCCCUUCAGGUAUGGAUGAUCAGGUUGUAGGCAAUCUGUGUAGAGAAUUUUCAAUAUAAAUUAAGGGGGGUUCGGUACACCAUAAUUGUAAUUCUUUAGCUGGCUAAUUACAUUGUUUGGUUUGAAGGAA